AACAACAAGGCGCAAACUCUUUCAACCACCUCGGUAGCUUGCUAGACAACAUAAAACUAAAAGAUUGAUUCUUUAGACCAUGUUAUUGUACAUUAGCUAAUCUCAGUGUUUUAAACAAAUUUCGGUUGACGUAUCUACUGGUUAAAUUUAACCUAAUGUGCUUGUUCAAUUUGCAAACUUGUUAAAGAUUGAUACUGAGGUUAGCACUAGGCUAGUCGCUAAUGCUAGCUAGCUAGCUAACAUCCCUGACCAUGAGCUCACUGAACUACUCCUCCCUUGCUAAUGAAGCGGAGGUCUGCUGUACGGAGAAAGAAUCUUUCAGAAUUAAAAAGGAGGAAAAGGAGGCUGUUAUAGUGAAAGAACCUUUUAGAGAGGAAGAGGAUGCUAUCUUAAUAAACGUGAAGGAGGAAGACGUUUUGAGAGUGAAAAAGGAGGAGACAGAAGAUCCGAUUGACACCAGAGAGAGACAUGACUAUGGUGGAUCCUCUGCGGAGCCUCAACAACAUCCUGAUGCUGACGAGGCAGAGAAGAGUCUUUCCAGAUCAGAACACCAGAUGGACAACGCUAGCCCUUCCACCCUGUGUCGUGCCUCUCUGGGUAGCACCUUACUGCUGGGUAUGAAGAGGUUGUCUGUGCUGCUGGUGGACUGCAGGAAAACAACAGGGCUGAGUGGAACUGUGAGAGGAGGAGAAGAGAUGAAAGGAUCAGAUUUGACUCAUCAAAGAGAAAAACCAGACUCAGAGGAACCAAAGCCAUGGACUUCCAAACCAGCAAGAAGACACCAGUGUUCCCACUGUGGAAAGGGUUGGAACAAGUUAAGUGAGCUUAAACGACAUGAGAGAAUACACACAGGGGAGAAGCCUUACCACUGCUCCCAGUGUGGAAAGGGUUUUAAUGAUUUGGGGAAUCUGAAACGACAUGAGAGAAUACACAAAGGGCAGAAGCCUCACCACUGCUCCCAGUGUGGAAAGGGUUGUAAAGAUUUGGGGAAGCUGAAACGACACGUGAGCAUACACACAGGGGAGAAGCCUUACCACUGCUCCCAGUGUGGAAAGGGUUUUAAUGAUUUGGGGAAUCUGAAAAGACAUGAGAGAAUGCACACAUGGGAGAAGCCUUACCACUGCUCCCAGUGUGGAAAGUGUUUCACCUGGGCAUGGAAUCUGAAACAGCACGAGAGAAUACACACAGGGGAGAAGCCUUACCAAUGCUCCCAGUGUGGAAAGUUUUUCGUCUCGGCAAGGUAUCUGAAACAGCACGAGAGAAUACACACAGGGGAGAAGCCUUACCACUGCUCCCAGUGUGGCAAGUGUUUCAACGGGGCAGGGGAUCUUAAAAAACACGAAAGAAUACAUACAGGAGAGAAGCCUUACCACUGCUCCCACUGUGGCAAGUGUUUUAACCAGUUAGGGGCUGUGAAACAGCACGAGAGAAUACACACAGGGGAGAAGCCUGCUCCCAGUGUGGCAAGUGUUUUAACCAGUUAGGGACCCUGAAACAACACAAGAUAAUACACACAGGGGAGAUGCAUUACCACUCCUCCCAGGAUGCAAAGCUUUUGCCCAUUUAGGAAGCCUGAAAGAGCAUGACACAGAGGAGAAAGCUUUACAGAAGAUUAGAUUUUGGGAAAACAUAUUACUCAUAACAAUCACUUAAACAUCAUUAGAGAAUCUACACAGGAGAGAGAAAUUACUUCUCUUUGCAUGUAUAUUGAUAUUUCACUUUUUUUUUCACAUCUCAUUUUUCUUACAAUUCAUCAGAUAACAUACACAGUGCUCCCGUUGUCUUAUAUUGUUGCCUUAUAAUGUGUUGACCCGUUUUUACCAGAUGAAAUUGCUUCUUCCAAUUAUUGAUUAACAUGUUGUACCUGUUAAGAAACUGACUGUUAGAACUGUUAAGGCUCCAUGGAUUGAUGAGGAAUUUAAAAACUGUAUGUUUGAAAGAGUUGGGGCUAAAGGAGCGGCUAAUAAGUCUGGCUGGCUUACAUACUGCAAAUUGAGAAAUGAUGUGACCAAACUCAACAAAAAUAAUCAACUUUAUUAUGAAGCCAAAUCAAUGAUAUAAAGAAUGAUGG